AAAAAGAACAAGUUUUAAGUCUGAAUAAACGCGACCCUGCAAUUUUUUUACUAAUAGAUUUCACUAAUAUUUACUAAAGGAGUAGUUGGAAUACAAUUACCUUUCACACAGUGGUCUAAAUAAUAAUAUUAAUAAUAAUAAUAAUACUCGACGGAAGUACCAAUCAAGAGGACCAAUAUCGUCGAAAAUCCAAUCAAAAAAAUUAGUGACAAGAUCUGAUGGAAUGAGCAGUGGCCACGUCUUUACCCGCCCGCCACGUUUAUAUCAGUCUGUUCGAACUACUAAACCUCAAAUUAUCAGUGGAUACUCUAAUCAUUGGCUAAAAAAAGUUGAGUGAGACAAACUUCUAAAAGUACGUGAAAAUUGUAAAAAAUGACUCUGGUCAAGAAUUCAUUGAGGUCCUUGGCGAUCUUGAUGUUCUUAUCAUCAUUAACAAUAAUUUUCGCCCUGGAAGAGUUUAACACAGAAAUUGUGCUGAAAAAUGUGGACAGAACGAUAGAUGUUCAAUCUCAUUUAACAAAAAUAACAACGAAACUCGUGGUGGAGAACACCGGUAAAACUCCAAUAAAAUAUUUCUACUAUGCAAUGGAAUCUGAGAAAAAUAGAGCAUUGAGUUAUAUCGGUGCACACACAAGGGACGCGAGUAGGGCUGAAUUGGUGCUGUUGAGGACAAAACUGCCUGGCCAUGAAGGGCAAAUUCUAUACAAGAUAGAGCUGAAGGACUCUCUCCAAUCAGGCCGUACAAUAGCAGUGGAGGUGGAAAGUGUGUCAACCCAUGAAUUAGCCCCUUAUCCGAAACAAAUCUCUCAAAAAGAAAAACAAUUGGUAAAGUACAUAGGAAAUGCUGCAAUUUGGUCACCUUACAAUGUACUGAAACAAACUACUAAUGUUGUUCUACCUUCGAGAAAUCUUGAAAGUUUUACCAGGAUCAAACCAGUCUCAGUAACUGAUACAACUAUUAUUUAUGGGCCACUGGAGAAACGUCUACCAUAUAGUUAUGAAGAAUUUACAGUCCAUUUUGAGAAUAACAACAAAUUCUUGACUGUGGUACGCCUGGAACGAGUUCUAGAAGUUUCUCACUGGGGUAAUAUCGCUGUUGAAGAGACUAUUGAUCUUCUUCACACUGGUGCUCUCCUGAAGGGAUCAUUUUCGAGGUAUGAAUACUCUAGAGAAUCGAGAUCAGGACAGGCUAGCAUCCAGAGUUUUGAUACGAUUCUACCAGCGGCUGCUUCUGAUAUAUAUUAUAGAGACGAAAUAGGAAAUAUCUCUACCUCGCAUACUAGAGUAAAGAAAGAUUCUGUCGACGUUAAUUUGAGACCUAGAUUCCCAUUAUUUGGAGGCUGGAAAACUCGUUAUACUAUUGGAUAUAAUGUACCGAGUUAUGAAUAUCUUUUUCAGAAUGGAGAAGACUUCAUUUUAAAGAUGAGAGUCCUUGAUCAUGUGUUUGAUGACAUGGUGGUUGAUGAAUUGCUUCUGACCAUUAUUUUGCCAGAAGGAUCGAAAAAUCUAGAGUUGGUUCUGCCUUAUGAAGCCACCAGACUGCCUGAUUCUUUACAUUAUUCUUACUUGGAUACUUGCGGACGUCCUGUGAUUUCAAUUACGAAAAAAAAUCUUGUCGAGAAUCACAUUCAAGAUUUCAAAUUGAAGUACAACUUUCCGAGGAUGCUAAUGUUGCAGGAGCCUGUAUUAGUGUCAGUGGCUCUUUAUUUACUCUUUUUACUGGUCAUCAUCUAUGUUCGUUUAGAUUUCUCAAUUGAUAAAGAUGAAGCUUCAGAAAGCAGAUUGAGAAUCGCAGGGCAGUGUGAGAAGAUUCUUGUUGCUCAGGAUAGGAGAGUUACUUCUUAUAAUGAGCUCGAUGAGCAUUUGAUUUAUCUCAAGGCAAAUAAGGAUACUGGAGCCUUUCUUUCUGCCAUGAAGUCUAUCAAUCAGGAAUACAAAAAUGCCACCACUACUGUUAACGAAUUAGCCCAAAAACUAAGGAGUGAUUCAGCCGAGGUUUAUGAAAGAAUUCAAGAACUUCAAAAACACGAUAAACAAUUAAAGGAAUUUUAUAACCAACAACAGGCACUUUAUGUGGACAAACUUGUUCCUGGAAAAAUCAGUCGUCAGCAGUUCGUCGAUGCUGAGGGCAUCAUCACUAGGAAAAAGGAAGAAUGCGUUGAAAAGAUCAAUGCUAUUGUCAAAUCAUUGCAUUGAGAGACUUGAAAACCGAAUAGGGGCGAGAGGAUAGAAGAAGGAAGAAACAUCGGUUGCAAAAUGAUCUAUUAAAUGAGAAGAAAAGAAGACGGACAUAAAAUAAUCUAGAAGAAAAAUGUUCUAGACCGUUGGAUUGUAACUCCAAUAUAAUCAUUUGUAAUAAAUCAUAAA